AGACACAAGAAAUAAGUCGUACAGUACCACAUUAGCACUUCUAUCACUCUAAAGACCUAGUAGAGCACUGUUGAUGUUGGUGUGCUUGGUGAAUAUGGCAUAUAAUCUCUGAAGUGCUUGGUAAUGAAUCUGAUGAUCUUUGUAACGUUUUCGAUUAACUUGCUGCAGUCUGUCCCUUCUCUCUGCAAAAAAAAAAAAUCUCUUUACUGAUACAGGACUAGGAAAGCGUUUUAAGUGAGCAAAGAUGAUGAUGGUGAGCGAUGAUUGUCUGGUGGAGUGUAAGAUUGAUGACAGUGAUGAGGAACAGGUGAACACUCCUCCUCCUCCCCCAGAAUUUGCAUCGAAAGCUUCAACUCCAGCUCCAAUAGACCCAACCCCUCCCGCAAAUUCUCCGACUCCCGCUCCAACCCGACCUGUCAACAGAGACCCACAUGGCAUCAACCAACACCUUAAGGUGGAGGUCAGAGAUGUUCUGGCUGAACCUACCACUCCUCAUAGCCUAGAUGGUGUGUGGACCUACAGUCAGGUUGGUUUUGAGAGGACUCGCAUCUGGACCUAUCGCUGCCUCUCCUUGCUGUUCGCUGUGCCUCUUGCUUUCCUGUGCGGACUCUUCCUAGCCGUCCUUGCCUGCUUACGUGUCUGGUUCCUGGUUCCCUGCAUACAGCUGAGCAACACCUUCCUGCCCUGCUUGCGCUCCUUGUUUAUAUGUGCUGUGAAUGUCUUCAUCUCCCCCUUCUGUAUGUCUCUGGCACUCUGCUGCACUCAGAUCUCCAUCUCACUGUCCAACAAAGACUUGGAUCGAAAGAAAGACAAAGACACUGUGUGAAUGUAAAGAAAAAACAAGAAACAAAACACUGUGCGUCCUACAUUAAUCCGCCAGCUAUAUUUCCUCGCUAAACCAAGGAAUCUUGACUGAAGAAGUGUGUGAAUGGGAAGCAGAGUGCUUUUAUUUAAAUGCACAUGAUUUUUUUUUAUUCUAAGUUUUAAAAUUAUUUUAUUGAAAUAAAUUCUUUUCAUAAGUCUUGUGAAAAAAAUUGUUCUUAAUGUAUUGUCCUAUUUUAUUUAUUAUUUAUUUUUUUAAAUCAUUGGUAAAUAUGUGAUUAUAGGCUUGUAUAAUUUAUUGUAUGAU